AUGCUAAUAGUUAUUAUUCGUGAUAUGCUAGAUGUGCUAAAUUCGAUCUGUGAUGAAUCCUAUGAAGUGUUUGAUAAGAUUCUUCGUACCGACUUCUUCGAUGCUGAAAGUUUCCGUAGCAUUGUCAAGAACACCGUCGUGCUCACUAACCUGGAUCACAAGCUGACCGAGGGGCAGCAAGUUCUGGUGGAUAAGAUUCCCGGCACGAUUUCGGUCAAGGACAUGCAUCGCACGAUCACCUUCGUGACCUACAUGGACGACGAGAACGUCGAGCUCAUUCACAACCUGGAGCGCCGAUCGCGCGAAAUCGACAUCGGCCGCCUGCUGAAGAUUCUCGCGGGAACGGACAACUACCGGGGAAUCAGCGAGAUCCUCGAUCUGCUCUGCCUCUUCCCCAGCGAAGUGAGCGCGCGUAUCGUGAACUACCUCUACAAUCUGCCGCGGAACGGCUUCCAUGAGACGCUGGCGCUGCUGAAGUACCACUUGGAGCAGCUGGAGAAGGACCACAACAACCCGGACAACAUCUAUCUGUUCUUCGAGCACUAUUACAACAACCAGUGGCUGGACCACGAGCGGAAGCCGGACGAGUGCAUGCUGGAAGUGAUCCGGUCGGGCGACAAGGUCACGUGCGUGCGAGGCAAGGCGUACCUGCGGUCGGGGCACCUGCUGUACGAUGGCUGCUACUACAAGCGACAGUACCACGGGAGGGGUCGUCUGUACUCGGAGAAUCAGGACUGCUAUGAGGGCAUGUUCGAGCAGGGGAAGAAGGAGGGCACGUUCUUUCUGUACAACGAGCGGCUGCGGCUGCGCGAGGACCACUUCGUGGACGACAAGCUGAACGGGCGGAGCACGGAGUUCUUCAAUGACGGCAAGAUUCGGAGCAAAUCCGAGUAUAUAGCCGGGAAGAAGCAGGGUCCGGCGGAGAUCCGGAACGGGAUGGGCGGUCUGAUCUUCAAGGGAUCGUACGUUAACAACAUGAAGACGGGCACGGCGUACGAGUUUUUGGGCCCGAACGUGGCCAGGCUGUGCCAAUACAACAUGGGGAACAGAGAGGAGAAGGAUCUCGUGUAUGUGGCGCUGGACUACGAGGACUCCCCGCUACACCCGAAGUACGACAAGAAAUAUUACGACCUGCAGAACGUGGUGUCGAUCCGAUCCGCGUGCGACCAGAUCUUCAUGAAGGCGGAUAACCCGCAUCAGACUGUGCGGAUCUACGUGGAUCAGGAAGUCUUCCAAGCCAUGCAGAGAUUCGAAGCGCGUCGGGGCUAUUUCUUGCUGUCCUCGGUGGAAAGCAUUCAGGUUCUUUGUCUGUAUGGGAAUGGAAACGGGCUGGGAGUGGGACCGAUCGAUUUCGAGUCGGUGUCGUGGCUGUGCCAGCGACUGAACAUGCUGAACAAGCUGUAUCUGUCGGAUCUGCGCAUCAACAAUCUGUUUAGAACGGAUUUGAAGAUCGCUGCGGUGUCGGCGCUCAUUUUGCACAACUGCUAUUUUGAAAACGCGAACUUUAUCGAGAGCGUGACGGCCUCUGGAUCGCUGAACGAAGUCGUACUGGAUCAUUGCACGGGCUUCGAAGUGCUUCGCUUCUCCAAGUACUUCACCAAGAUGAUCAGGGAUUUUACGUUGAAGGGUUUGGAGAGCUGGAAGGGAUUGAGCGAUAGACUGCUUCGAUUUCUCAAAGCUGGUUCUGGAGCCGAAUAG